AUGCUUACCAGACGUAGUAUACAGUAUACCAGCUUAAGGCACCUAUCCACCACCUCCACUCUACUCAAUCAACAAGGCCCACCACCACCGUCACAAUCCAAUGACAAGGAUCAAAUAAAAACAUACACCAAGAAGGACAUAAAAUACGGCCCUCUUUCACAAGCACAACAAGCAUACCUUGAUCGUGUCAUCCGAGUUGAUCAAGCUGGUGAGCUAGGUGCCAAUUACAUCUACAAAGGUCAAUAUUUCAUUCUUGCAAACAAGUACCCUCAUUUAAAACCCAUUUUGCAACACAUGUGGGAUCAAGAAAUCCACCAUCACAAUACAUUCAAUCAAUUGCAGACACAACGUCGAGUACGUCCUUCGCUCUUGACUCCACUUUGGAAAUUGGGUGCCAUGGGGAUUGGAAUGGGUACUGCAUUAAUUAGUAAAGAGGCGGCAAUGGCUUGUACUGUUGCUGUUGAGACUGUGAUUGGUGGUCAUUAUAAUCAACAAUUGCGGGUGUUGACUAGUCAAUAUGGAGUUAAGUUGCAAGAUAAGGAGAGUGGUGAAGUGUUGAGUAAGGAGGAUGUGAAUAAGACUGCACAAGUUAGUGAUGAAUUACAAAGUUUGAAGAAUCAAAUUAGUCAAUUCAGAGAUGAUGAAUUGGAACAUUUGGAUACUGCUAUUGAACAUGAUGCCAAGAAGGCAGUUCCUUAUAUCUUGUUGACUGAGGGGAUCAAAUUGAUUUGUAGAGGUGCUAUUUGGACUGCUGAGAGGGUAUAA